AUGAUGGCAGCGACAACGGCACCAGUGGCAUUACAUACGAAGAAGGACAGAAAGGAAAUCAAUGGAGUUCAAACGGAUAUUGCUGUCUCGAUCUUCGUGGACCGCGUGUUCAUCGUCGUGACUCAACUAGGAACCUUUGGCACUUUGGUGGAGGCAAAGCAGAAUGAUUCGAUUAAUGGCAAGUUUCAGUCAGAUAUUCAUGUUCGUCUUGGACGACGUGAUGACCCGCUGCUGUUGGUGUACGCACGACAGUUUCUGGAGCAUUUUGGUGUUCCUGUUGGUUUGCCAAUUUUGGCGGCUAUCGGGCUUAAGGACCGAUCAUCGAGCACGUUUGAGAUUGUCAUGCAGAGCGUGAAGGAUCUUUUUGAUCAAUCGAUCCAGCCAUCACAGUAUUCUUUUCUUACUAUUGUGACAAUGUCAACCACUGCUGCUGCUGUUGACACCGAUACACCGACCAAGUCCGAGUGCUUGGAGUUGUUUCGUGCACUGAAGAAUAAGGACGAGCUUUCCCGUUCGUGCAAGGACAUUAUGCAAAUGAUUACGGCUAAUGAUAAGGGCGUGAUGGAGAACGAGGCUCUCAAUACACACGGUGGUAGAAGGACUCGUGGUGGGAUUAGCCAUGCAGCGCUACAACGUCGCUUUACGGGCAAAAUGUCGGGCGUUAGUCUCUCUGGCUAA